AUGCGCUACACGCCGGCUCGCAACUGUGCCCCGGGGCGACAGCCGCUCCACAGCGCCCUCCCCUGCCCCGCGCCCAGUCGGCACCUGCGCCAGUCUGGCCCGCCGCUUCCCCGGGCCUCUCCCAGGGCCCUGUUCCCUCCAGGCGCCCCACCUCUCGCCCCUGCGCUGCAGUUCUCCUCUCGGGGUGCCGUCGCGGCCGCUCCCGGACACUUCGCCACCCGCUCCGGGACGCCGCCCAGCGACACGGCCGCGGGGUCAGCGUGUCUGUACCGGUGCUGCAACGGGAGGGUCGGGCGGCCACGCCCUCACGGCCGGGCCAGAAGGAGGCCGCCCGGCUCCCUCACGCUAGAAGGGAGCGGGUUACCAGAGGUUUUCAGAGACGCCAAAGUUUUGCCAGACCUGCUCUUCCUGUCGCAACCUCAGCAAGAGCAUCACCAACGAGCCAGUCACCUGGGCCAGGAACCCAGAAGCCACCAAGCCUCCUCUCACUUUCUGCCUGCCCUCCUCCGAUCCUUAACUAAAUCCUGGCCACCCCUCUGUGCUGUCCUGGGGACUGCCCACCUCUCACCUGCCGCAGAACUGCCCAACUUCAUCCUUCAUCUUUUCAUCCUGAACCUCGAAAGCAGAGGGCCCUUUGACACCACUGUCUGCCUUCAGUCCAUGCUUCAUGCAGCAACCAGAGAGGGACCCUGCUGGCCACACACCCAGCCUUGUCACUCUCCUGCUCAAAACCCUUCCAUGGGUCCCACUGCCCUCUGGAUAAGGUCUGGCUCCUUGGCCUGGCAUUCGAGGCCCUCCAGGCUCUGGACCCUGCCAGCCUUAUCAGCUCAUCUCAUAUGGCUGUUCCACUUGUGGCCAAUCAUCCUCCAGCUCUCAGCUGUGGCUCACGAUGUUCACUCCACCUAGGAGGGCUCUAUUCUUCCACAUCUUUAGGUUCCUCCAUCCUGAAUCAUCUGGAGAGUCCGCUCUGGGAAUUGACUCCUUAUUUAGGGAGGCUGGAUAAACAAGGCUUUUC